CUCUGUCGUCGCGUUUGUUAGAAAAGCGAACAGUUGAAUCCUCACAUUGACCCGCAACGCUCGGUUUGAUAUCUUCCCAACUUGGACCGCUGUCUACCAUCAAUGUCGUGUCUCCUAUCCACGAAUAACGACUUAUUCCUCGCCCACUGUUGACCCUACCCCCACCCAACGCGUUACCGCUCGCCGCACUUCGAUUCUGCCCAAAGUCGCGUCCUGGCCUGAUCCUCGGAAACAAAAAAGUCCACGCGCAAUACAACAAUCAGCCCCACUGAUUUCUGGACUAGAGACAAGCCAUUCUACCGUCGCAUAGAAUAAAAAAAUGGAGGUGUCCGCUCAGGGUGAUGAGCGUGACUCGAGUCCGCUUACGGAGCCCAGUGAGAGCGCCAACUCACCACCCCCAAAUGCGAGUAGUAGGAGGAGGUCUGGGCGGGUGAAACGGAAACCGGAACCUUUUUCAUUUGCUGCUUACAGCUCGAGUCGCCCGUCGCAGGCCGGUAGAACAACCAAGCGGAAGCGUACUGCUCAGCAGGAAGACGGGGAUGAGGACGAGGAUGAUAACGACGCGUCCGAUGCGGAAGAGAGUGGGGCUGAGGAUGGAAAAGAAGAGGAAGACGAAGACGACCAGGACGAAAGUGAGGAUGAUGCGCCUGAUGAGGAAGAACUUAAGGAACGGAGGAAGGCGGCACGAAAGAAGGCAGCUGCUAAGAAGAAGAAUAAUGCAUCCAAAGGACCCAAGCAAUCCAAGAAGCCCGGCGCUAAGCGGAAGGCGAAGAAACCAAGAAUUACCAAUGGCCUCACGACUGAACUUACUAUUCGCCCUGCUGUCAAUGGGGCUCAGCUGGUAUCUAGGUCCAAAAAGCCGCGGGCAAGGCAGAGUGAUUUUGCGGAUGAGGAUGGCCUCUAUGCUGAGGUUUUUGCCCGAGGUCACACUACCGAUGCUGUCGCUGCAGAGUGGCUUACAAAGUACGAGCAGCACAAUAUCAAGGGGAUGACCGAUCUGGUUAAUUUUAUCUUGAGGUGUACUGGAACGGACUUGAAGGUGGACGACCACGAUAUUGAAGACGUUGACAAUGUUGCGAACCGUUUAAAUGACCUCCAAGAAGAAUACCAAGCGCAGAGCAUCACCGAAUACCCCCUUAUUUCGAAAAUCAAAAAAUUCAAGUCCUUCCAAUACAUCUUAACCAGCUUUUUCAGUUCUCUCAUCCAAACCAUCCAUAGCUCAUCAGUCCUAUACACUGAUUCUGCCCUUGUUGAAAACAUCCAAGUUUGGGUAACGUCAAUGUCGUCCGCCCCUAUUCGACCUUUCAGACAUACCGCUACGAUAAUUUCGCUAGCCAUCGUGACGACGUUGUGCAAUGUUGCUAGAGAAGUAUCCUUAACCGUGUCGAAUACUCGAAAGCAAUUGGAUACAGAGAAGAAGAAGAAGUCAGUGAAUAAAGGCAGAGCUGAUGCGAUGCAAUCCAAGGUCCAAGAAGGGGAGAAAAAACUGCAAGUUAUUGACAGCUGGCUUGGUGACUGCUUUGAUACUGUUUUCGUUCAUCGCUACAGAGAUGUCGAUCCAAAAAUUCGAGCAGAGUGCGUCAACGCACUUGGAGGGUGGGUUAAUACAUAUAGACAAAUGUUUUUCGACGGCCAAUAUUUGCGAUAUUUGGGUUGGGUCCUUUCGGAUACAGUUGCCCAUACGAGAUCUGUUGUGGUGAACCAGCUCCAUCGACUCUACCAGAACAAGGAUAACAUUGCCGGGCUCCGCGCUUUCACGGAGCGAUUCCGCCCGCGGAUCGUGGAGAUGGCCACUAGAGAUGCCGAACCCAGCGUCCGCUGUGCUGUUGUGGAGUUGUUGGAUUUGAUUCGGGAGGCUGGAUUGCUUGAACCGGAUGAUAUCGACGGCGUUGGGCGACUUGUUUUCGAUAGCGAGCCACGCGUGCGCAAAGCCGCUGGUAGAUUCUUCGUGGAGAAUAUCCAGGACGUCUACGACACUCUUACUGAGAGUAUGGAGGAAGAGCUACACGAAGCGUUUGUCGAUGACGAUGACGAGGAUAAUUUCGAAACACCUCGCCCCUCUUGGAUCAAAUACAAAUGUUUAGCGGACGUUCUUCAGGUGUAUGAUGGCCAGGAACCCGCCGUUCCGGCUGAGCAGGAUAUUUCAUUAUCACGAAUGAGUCUUAAUGGCCGCGUUGAUUCGAGAUUCGUCCUCGCGACAGAAUCUAUAUAUUCUCAUUUUGGGGAGCUCCACCAAUGGGAACAUUUGGCUGGGUACCUCCUUUAUGACCACUCUCAGAUCCCAGAGACCUCGAACGAUGAAGAUUCCACUACUACAGUAAAGAAGCUAUACAAAUUAAGUGAAGGCCAGGAGGGGAUCUUGCUGGAAGUCUUAAGCUGCGCAGUGAAACUACAUAUCAUGGACAUCGGCAAAUCCGAUACAGAUAAGAAGGGUAGAAAGACCAAAUUGUUGGUAGAGAGGAUGGAGGAUCGACAGGAAUCUAUUGCCCACAGUCUAUCUCAGAUCAUCCCCCAACUCCUGAAUAAGUUUGGGUCAGCACCUGAGGCUGCUUCUGCUAUUCUACGGCUAGAGCAUUUAGUCGACCUCAAUUUGAUCCAGGAUCUUCAGAAGGAUGCGGCUGCGUAUUCAGACCUCAUUGGCAAUAUCAACAAGCAGUUUUUGACACAUUCGGACCAGGCUGUCCUUACCGAAGCUACAGUGGCCUUUUUACAUGCACGCACUUCCGACGAGCUUAGAGAAGCUAUGGAAUCCAAAGUGCAGGAGCUCUGGGAUGACACCAUUGAAACUUUACGUACGCUAUCCGUAACCAAAGGCACGGAAGAAUCGCCCGCUCUCUCCAUUAGUGUUCUUACUGCUUUGUCCAAUACAGUGACGCGGAUUUCGAACCUCGCAAGUGUAUCUGACUGCAGUUCCAUCCUGGAAGCCGAGUGCCGUGCUUCCUCUAAGAAACAAAAAGCCUCAACGGAAGCCGCUGUCGAUAUUAUUCUCAACUUAAGCAAACGAGGUCUUCGAGCAGAAGACUCUGAUGAGGAGAUAGAGAGGUUGGAAUUGGAGCUUGCGACCAACACUUUUAAAACCCUUCUUGUCUAUUUUAUGUGGAAGGUACGGUUCGUAAGAACUGCCCUAUCAUCACGGGACCCAUCUUUCGAUACUGAAUUUUUUGAUUCGCUUGCUGCCCGUCGAGAUGCGUUCGUGGCAGUCCUCACAGCUAUAAUGCAAGGACGCUCGGGCCUUGAUGAGCUCAGAGUCUCCACCGCGCUAACCCUACUUGACCUCCAAACCGUGUUUGGGACGCUUCGUAAUUCAGGAGCAGGAGCAGAUAACUCUAUCCCUUCACUAGAUGAUGAAGUUGCUCUCCAAAUCCAAAGCUUGGUGCAAUCAAUCAGUCCAGAGACUCAAGCUCUAAUUUCCCGUAUGCACGACACGGCCGAACGGACAUUCGCUAAAAAGUCUCGACGAAAGCUGGAGGCCGCCGAAGUCGCGGACGAUGAUGAGCCUAUGGACUCACCGUCAGAUAUCAAUAGUAGUCCAUCAGAUGAUGACGACGAUGAUGACGAGGCUGACGAGGAAACACGGGAGAUAUUGGCUGCCAAUCGAGUCCGGAGUGUGUUGUUAGCCGAGCAGAAAUUAUGCCAACUCACGGGCAAGAUGGUCCUUGCUAUCGUUGGUGGUGUGCUCGAUGGUCCCGGGCGACAAAGUGGGAAGCUGAGACAGAAGCUACUACGGAACAAGAGCCGUCUCGGACAGAAUUACAAGGAAGUUGUGGCGUUUCUUGACGUUGAGAAGUCUCUGGGGCGGAGAGUUGCGUCAGCGAAGGACAAGGUUAGGGUUAAUGGGGCUGGACCUUCUGGCGCUGCAUCGAAGAAGAAUAAUGGGAAAAUGAAGUCUGCGGAGAUGGUUGAAGAUGACGACGAUGAGGAAGAGCAAGCGGCGCAGGCGGAAGAAGAUGAGGAAGAUGACUUAGUGGCACGAGGGCUUGUUGAUGAGGAGGAGGAGGACGAGGGCCCUCACAUGGGAACAGCUGAUGAAGAUUUGGAACUGACUCCGCCCCCUGACGAAAUUGACGAUGAUGUGAUGGGAGAUUAAAUUUUAAAAGAGGUAGGAAAACACGAGCUUGGGCGACCGUAAUAUAUGAUGAAUCUUUUGCUUUUCUUUCCCCCUUCUCUCUGCUUCAAUUCCGCCCUGGUUUAUUUUCCCUAGCCUGCCUGGACAUAUUUUUCCUCUUUAGUCAGGCUUCACUUCUAUUCAAACUUGUACUUGAGCAUGUACUUAAUUUACUUCCUUCUCCCCUGCCAUUUCUUGUCUUGUAUCGCCAUUUUUUUUCUCUUUUUUAUGGAUGGGGGCAGCUGAACGGGCGGUGGAGGGUCGCUGAUUUUGUGAUCUUGUGGUGUUUUCCCCCUUCCUCUUUAUAUUCCCACGUAUAGUUUUCAUGAAAUUCUUCAUUCUUAUGAUGUGUCCAUAGCUUGUGUUUCGCCAUAUAAAUACAAUACCUAUGUCAUUCUUUCAGUUUACUUGUCUUCUCCCUCCGAAUAUAACCUCGUACAUUUUCUGCGCUGAACCUAGGGCAACUGAUAGAUAUCAUGUUUUUGUAGCAGCUAUUAAAAUCUGUUGAAAUUUCUGUUUAAAAUAGCUAUUAAGUGCUGUCACUAUUCUCUAAUCUCUCUGUUUAUUAUAGAAAAACCAACUUUUCUGAGCAAAAUGC